AUGACGAUUUUAAAUCAACAAUCAAAAAAAUUUCCGCAAAUAUUUGCCAGUCUUUCUGCUGCUGGUGGAGCCUUUGCAAUAGGAGCUGCAUUAGGAUGGCCAGCACCGGCUGGACCUCAGUUAGUAGACCGCACUUUAGCAGAAGAUGAACGCUUUUUCGAAAUCACUCAAACUCAAUUCGAUUGGGCAGCCUCAAUCAUUACUAUUGGUUGUGCAAUAUCUUGCUUGCCUAUUGGAGUUAUGAUGAAAAAAUUUGGAAGAAAAAGCACAAUGUUAAGCCUAGUCGUUCCUUUCAUGAUUGGAUGGGCGCUCGUUAUUUGGGCACAAAAUUUUGCGAUGCUGAUGGUUGGUCGAGUUUUCAUUGGGUUAGCAGGUGGAGCGUUUUGUGUUGCAGCACCUCAAUAUUCGGCUGAGACUGCUCAGAAAGAAAUUCGUGGAAUUGUCGGCACUUUUUUUCAAGUUCUUAUCAAUUGCGGAAUACUUUUUGUGUAUAUUGUUGGUGCGUUUGUCAGCGUCUUCUGGAUGAGUGUCAUUUGUGCAAUCGUUCCAAUUAUUUUCGGUAUUGUCUUUUUCUUCAUGCCCGAAUCGCCACUCUACUUAGUGAUUGAAAAACGUGAUAAAGAAGCAGUUCAAUCAUACAAAUGGCUAAGAGGCUCACAUUAUGAUCCAUAUGAAGAAAUCGAAGAGAUCAAAAAUGAAAUAGCAGAAAAUGAUAAAAACCAAAUUUCUUUUUCCGAGGCGACACAAACUGAAAUUGCAUCAGACUUGCAAACAAUCAUUAUUGGAUCCGUUUUAGUAGUAGCAACAUUGCUGGGAACUUUUCUUGUUGAUCGUGUUGGAAGAAAAAUUCUCCUAGCACUUUCAAGCUUCUUCAUGGGUCUUACGCUGAUUUCUCUCGGCACUUAUUUUUUCCUUUUAGAUAUGGAAUAUGAGAACAUUGAUGAAUUGGCUUGGCUUCCAUUGACAUCCUUAAGCAUUUUCCUAGUUGCAUUUUCCAUUGGUUAUGGGCCAAUUCCUUGGUUAAUGUUGAGUGAAAUCUAUUCCAGAGAGUAUAAUGCAGUGGCUAGCCCAAUUACCGGUUCCUUGAGUUGGUUUCUGGCAUUUACUGUAACAUCCACUUUUGGAUUUAUCAGUGACGCUAUUGGAAUCGGAGGAACAUUUUGGAUAUUUGCAGGUGCAACAUUUGUUGGAUUUAUUUUCACUUUGAUGUUUGUUUUUGAAACUAAAGCCAAGUCUAAAUUUUCACCGACAUGCCCUAGAGACAUAACAAUUAGAAAAUUAAGUCAAACUCAAAAACAAUACAUUGUAGAUCUUCAUAAUUAUUACCGAUCGCAAGUCGCAUAUGGUUUAACAACUUCUUACUUAGAUGAAAAGCAAUUUCCAACUGCUUCAAGAAUGAUGAAAUUACAAUGGGAAGAAGAACAAGCAGUCCUAGCAUCUCUUCAUUUGAAAACGUGUUUAUCUCAUGAUCCAUGUCAUAAUACAUUUUACAACACUUCUUCAAAUCGACUUAUCUUUUCUGGUCAAAACAUUGCUUUCUUAUUAACUACUGGGACUCGCUAUUCAGUAGAAGAAGUUUUAUGGUAUUCUGCAGCAAAUUGGUUUCGAGAAUCUCAAGCAACCCCAGUGAAUUUAGUUGACUCAAUAUCCUUUGCAAAUCUUUCGUAUGUCGUGGGACAUUUCACUCAAAUGGUUUAUGAUAAAAACAUAAGAGUUGGCUGUGCAAUAGUUGAAUGGACAGAAAACGAAGGAAAUAAAAAACUAUCCAGACUUACUUGCAAUUAUUUGAAAGCAAAUAUGGCAAACGAACCGCUUUAUUCAAAAGGUGAUGUUUGCUCGGACUGUAAAGUUUGUGAUUAUGAUGACUUUAUUGGAUUAUGCGUUGAGUAG